ACCAACUGAUUCUCAAGAAUCAUACGGAUACUGAAUCAAACAAAACAAUAAUCUAACCAGAACCCCUCAACAAUAAACCCUAUUUCGAAAUUUAAUAUUUGUUUUAUUUUAAUCGUGAUUGAGCUGCACACUUUGCAGUGCAUAGCGUCUGAUAAACUCGCACCAACUCCAUUAUUGUUUUACUUCUCCAGUUCUUCACGUUUAUUGUCUUUCUUUUGAUUUUAGUACUUCUCUUUGUUCGUACUGGCUGAACUGUACGGAUGGAGAAUCUUUACAAUAGAAACAGUUAAUUUUAUUAGUCUCCUACUCUUCCCACUGUUGUUUAUAUAAGAAAUUUCAUAUUUCAAGCUCAAAAAUGGCAGACCUUACUCCUCUCAAGAGAAGCUACAGUGAUAUGAGUAAUGGCUCGACAGAAUAUCUUAAUUUGGGUUCGGACGUUCGUGACGGUCAAGAUAAUGCUGGUCAAGGACUAGCUUCUACUGUUAAUCCUAUUGAUUUUCACCCCAGAAGUUACCAACUGAAGGUUUUUGAGGUGGCUAUGAAGAGGAACACUAUAGCAGUGUUGGAGACGGGUGCUGGAAAGACAAUGAUAGCAGUAAUGUUAAUUAAAGAAAUUGGCCAAUCUAUCAAGUCCGGUGUUCAUAAAAAAAAGAUUAUUUUUUUAGCUCCUACCGUUCAUCUUGUCAAUCAGCAAUAUGAGGUUAUUCAAAUGCAUACAAAUUUUGAUGUGGGAGAGUACUAUGGAGCUAAAGGGGUUGAUGAGUGGACUCAGAAGUUCUGGGGAAAGGAGAUUGAUGAGCAUGAUGUAUUGGUUAUGACUCCUCAGAUCCUUUUGGAUGCCUUAAGAAAGGCAUUCUUGAAUCCAGAAAUGAUAUGUUUGCUUAUAAUUGAUGAGUGUCAUCGUGCCACGGGUAAUCACCCUUAUACAAAAAUAAUGAAGGAAUUCUAUCACAAAUUGAAUGACAAGCCAAAGAUCUUUGGAAUGACGGCAUCGCCUGUUGUUAGAAAAGGUGUCUCUUCUGCUAUGGAUUGUGAGGAUCAAAUAUCAGAGCUCGAAAGCAUAUUGGAUUCUCAGAUUUAUACUAUUGAAGACAGGACAGAAAUGGAUGUCCACAUUCCCUCUGCAAGAGAAAUUUGUAGAUUUUAUGACAAAGUACAGCUUUAUGGUUCAGAUUUGAAAUCAAAGAUUGAAGCUUUAUGGACCAAGUUUGAUGCUUCGAUGCUCAGUUUGCAAGAGUCAGCACAAAACUGUUACAAAGAUGUGGAUGAUAAACUUAAAACACUGAGACAACGGCUUUCCAAUGACCACACAAAAAUAUUGAAUUGCCUUGAAGAUCUGGGCCUUAUAUGUGCGUAUGAGGCUGUCAAAGUUUGUUUACAAAAUGCCCCCAGUUCCACUGAAGAAUGUGAGAUUUAUAGAGAAAUUUCUCUGAAGUGCAAAUGUUUCCUUGAGGAAGUGUUGAGCGUAAUUAGCGAGUCUUUGCCAUAUGAUGAUGAUUCUUUUUUCAAUCUGGGGUUUGACUACUUAGAGGCAGUAAGUUUGGGUUACAUAUCACCAAAGUUAUAUGAACUUCUUCAAGUUUUCCUAUCAUUUGGCGGAGGUAGGAAAAUAUUAUGCCUCAUUUUUGUUGAUAGAAUUCUUACCGCUAAAGUAAUUGAAAGAUUUGUGAAGAAAGUUGCAGCACUGGCACAUUUUACAGUUUCAUAUGUUACUGGAACUAAUGCGUCAGUCGACGCAUUGACACCUAAAAUGCAAAAGGAAACCUUGGACUCAUUUCGCUUUGGGAAGGUAAAUCUAUUAUUUUCCACUGAUGUGUUGAGGGAGGGAAUUCAUGUGCCAAACUGCUCCUUUGUUAUAUGUUUUGAUUUGCCCAAGACAGUUUGCUGUUAUGUCCAAUCUCGAGGAAGAGCUCGACAAGAUGAUUCCCAAUAUAUCAUCAUGCUUGAGAGGGGAAAUGUGAAACAAAGGAAUCAACUAUUUGAUUUCAUAAGAAGUGAAUGGUUAGUAACUAAUACGGCUAUGAAUAGAGAUCCUGAUGUAUGGACUCUUAAAGCAUGUAUGGCUGAGGAAACCGAGGCAUAUAUUGUGGAAGGUACUGGAGCUUCAGUUACUGCAGACUCUAGUGUUAGCCUCAUACAUCGAUACUGUGCAAAGCUCCCUGGAGAUAAGUACUACACACCAAUGCCGAUUUUUGAGUUCAAAUUUUCUGAAAAGUCAUGCCAGUGUAACCUAAAGUUACCUGCCAGUGCAGCUUUUCAGACAAUAGUUGGUCCAAAAUGUAGGAGUCAACAAUUAGCAAAGAAGCUUGUAUGCUUGGAGGCUUGUAAGAUGCUGCAUCAAAUGAGAGCCUUGGACGACCAUCUCCUACCAUUAGUGGACGAGCCUACUGAAGGUGAUCAUAUAAUGGCAAGCAAAGAAACAUCAGCAGGUCCUGGAACUACAAAAAGGAAGGAAUUGCAUGGAGCAACCAAUAUUCAUGCAUUAUCUGGAAGCUGGGCGGAGAAGCUUGAUAGAGUCACAUUUCAUGCAUACAAGUUUGACUUCUCCUGUAGUAUUGCCACUGAGAUUUAUUCUGGAUUUGUUCUUCUCCUUGAGUCGAAGCUUGACGAUGAUGUUGGAAACAUUGAGUUGGACCUUUAUUUGCUCAGGAAGAUGGUUAGAGCUUCUGUUGCUUCAUGUGGACAAAUACAAUUAGAUGCUGAACAGAUGACGAAAGCAAAACGCUUUCAUGAAUUAUUUUUCAAUGCAUUAUUUGGGAAGUUGUUUACUGUGUCCAAAUCAUCCGAAACACCAAGAGAGUUUCUACUUCAAAAGGAAACAAGUAUACUUUGGAUCCCAUCAAACAUGUAUUUGCUGCUACCACUCAAGACACUCAGUGCUUCAAGUGAUGAAUCUUGGAAAAUAAAUUGGAAGGGGGUUAAUGCUUGCACUUAUGCUGUAGAAUUUUUGAAGAACUCACUUUUGGGUGCUAAGCACUGUAAAGAUGCCAGGGGAAGUUCACUUUCUGGGGUUGGCUCAUUUGUGACGGAGUGCAGUGGCACAAAUGAAAUCCACUUGGCUGAUAUUUUGGUUGAUGGAGAUAAACUGAAAGAUAUGGUGGUAUUUGCAAUUCACACUGGAAAAAUAUACUCUGUUGUUAAAGUGGUGAUUGACACAUCUGCUGAGAGUCCUUUUGAGAAAAAUGCUAAGGGUAAGCCAGCAAAGUAUUCUUCCUUUGCCGAGUACUUCAACCGAAAGUACGGGAUUGUGCUGAAGUAUCCAGGACAGCCUUUGCUGCUGUUAAAGCAAAGCCAUAAGCCCCAUAAUCUACUUCUUAAUCCUGAUGAUGAAGUAGGCGCCUCAAAAGAUGGCCUGGAUGUUGAAAAACAACGACAAUAUGCUCAUAUGCCACCAGAGCUUUUAGUCAGUAUUGAUAUUCCAGUCCAGACUCUAAAAUCAUUUUACUUACUUCCAUCUGUGAUGAACCGUCUAGAGUCUCUGAUGUUAGCCAGUCAACUUAGACAAGAGAUUGGCUGCCAUUCUCCCGACUUCCAUAUCCAAAGCUCCCUGAUGCUGGAAGCAAUAACAUCUCUUAGAUGUAAUGAAGCAUUUUCCAUGGAGCGUUUGGAAUUGCUUGGGGAUUCUGUUUUAAAGUAUGCUGUUAGUUUUAACCUCUUUUUAAGGCAUCCCACAAAACAUGAGGGCCAAUUGACUGCUCACCGCAAAAAGAUCAUUUGUAAUGCAGCCCUGCAUAAAUUUGGAAUAAGUCGCAAAUUGCAGGAAUAUAUACGAGACAGCGAAUUCAAUCCUCGUUGUUGGGUUGCUCCAGGACAAAGACCUAUUUAUUACAUUCGUUGUGAAUGUGGGAUUGAUACUUUAGAAGUCCCUUUAGAUGCCAAGUUUCAAACUGAAGAAAAAGUUUUUAUUGGAAAAUGCUGUUCUAUAGGCCAUCGAUGGAUGUGUUCGAAAACCAUAUCUGAUUGUGUUGAAGCAAUCAUAGGAGCAUACUAUGUUAGUGGAGGACUGAUGUCUGCAAUUCAUGUAAUGAAGUGGCUUGGCAUGGGUGUUGACUUAGAUCUUUCGCUGGUAGAUGAAGCCAUUAAAAAUGCUUCUCUGCGAUCUUAUAUCCCAAAAGAACAAGAUUUGGAAAACCUAGAGUCAAAACUUGGUUAUACAUUUUUCUUCAAGUUUCUAUUACAAGAGGCCAUUACACAUGCAACCAUGCAAGAACAGGGAAUUGGCUACUGUUAUCAGAGGCUUGAAUUUCUGGGUGACUCUGUGCUGGACUUGCUCAUUACGUGGCAUCUCUAUCAAACUCACCCGAAAAUUGAUCCAGGUGAGUUGACGGACUUGCGUUCAGCUUGUGUUAAUAAUGAAAACUUUGCUCAAGUUGUUGUGAGACAAGGCCUACAUGAGCACCUUCAACAUUGUUCUGCAUCACUUCUAAGCAAAAUAACAGAAUAUCUGCAGUCUUUUCAUGAAUCUGAUGAAGCCACCAAAUUGUCUCCAGGUCUCAAGGGUCCCAAGGCUCUUGGGGACCUGCUUGAAAGUAUUGCCGGGGCAAUUUUAAUUGAUACAAGGCUUAAGCUCGAUGAAGUCUGGAGAAUAUUUGAGCCUCUGUUGUCCCCGAUUGCAACACCUGAAAGCCUUGAGCUGCCUCCUCUGCGUGAACUAAUUGAAUUAUGUGACUUCCAUGGGUACUUUAUAAAAGAAAAAUGUAUCAAUGAGAAGGACAUUGUGCAUGCUGAGCUCAGGAUACAGCUAAAUGACGUUCUUUUGACUGGAGAUGGGUAUGAUCGCAGCAGAAAAUGUGCAAAAGGGAAAGCAGCUUCUUCUUUGUUGAAGGAACUUGAGAAAAGGGGAAUAACAUACCUCCGAGGUGAUGCAAAGAGGAGGAAACAAGCUGAAGAAACUAGAAAUAAAAUAUCUUCUGCAGACACAACAAACAAAUACACAAGUGAGCCAACAAACCAGCAGAAUAAACUGGAAAAUAAAUUGCCAGCAGGGAGCGGAGUUCCUUCCCUUGCCAACAGUCCCCAUGUUAUCAAGUCGAUUGACACAAAUAAAGGAGGACCUCGAAAGAGUCUUUUUGAACUCUGUAAAAAAGCGGAUUGGACAAAGCCUAAAUUUAGUACAACAGAAUAUAAGACAAGCACUUCAAAAAUAUGUGAUGAUGGCAGCAAAAGAACAGAGAAUCGUAUCAAUUUCAUAGCAAAAAUCACCUUGCACAUACCCUCUCUUGGGGACAUUGAGUGUGAAGGGGAUGCUCAACUUGAUAAGAAGAGUUCAUGCGAUUCAGCUGCACUGGCUCUACUUUAUCAACUUCAGGAGCAGGGACACAUCAUCAUCAACUGCGACCAGGAAUGAACUUGGCUGUUUCUCACUCGAACUAAAAAGUUCGAGGGUAUUUAAAUUUACAUGUUAAGAUAUACAGGCACUUCAAUCAAAGAUGAAGUGCAUGUAAAAAAUAAUAGUUUAACGAAAUGAGUAUAUAUGAUCCAACAACUACAAACAUGUGAAGCCAUUUUCCUGAAAACCGUUUUUGAAGAAGGCCCCAUUCUGGAAAACCGGUUGGGAAACAGUUUUUUCAGGAAGUGGUUCUUAAAUACUAACGUUUCGUAUAAAUAUCAGAGUUUUAAUGUUUGUAUUUUCGAUUCGAUUUGGUUUCUAAGAUAUUAAUAAAUUUCCUUGAAAUGAUUUUACGGGAUUCA